GAUCAUGCUACAGGUUAAGUGUGUCGGGGCAAAAAUUUUUGAGCCUGAAGUCAAAAUAGGAAAGCUUUUUGUGGUAAAAACUAGAUUUCUUAUUUUUAUUCUAUGGUCGUUAAAUCAGGUAAGCAACUAAUAAUAGUGGCGCCUUCAGACUCUUGCAGGCCAAUGGAUCUCACUGUUUCAGAGUCUCAUUAGGAUUUCUUGGACUCUCUUUUUUGUUUUCCUUCUUUUUUAAUGCAAGUGGUGUGUAUUUAUAUAAUUAUAUUAGGAUUAUCCUUUAAUUAUCCAAAUCUGACCCUCCGUUGUCAUACACUAGUUUAUUUAUUUAUUUAUUUUGUUUAAAAAGCUAUUUUGACCCUUCGAAUUUACAUUUCUGGCGAUUUUCGUGUUGGGUUUCAAUUUUUCUUCUUCAUCUUCCUCUGGGCAUGACUAUUCCAAAUGAUGUUUGGUUUGAAAAGUGCAUUUGAACCAUUGAUUGGACCUCUCUGGCUCUAUCCAUGGUUUCAUUCUGAACCAUUUGGCGUUGUUUUCUGAGAUUGUGGAGAAUUUGGUCAUCUGGGUAUCAUUUUUUUUUAUGCUGAUAUUGUCUUAUCUUUGAAUUUGAGCCUCUGAAAAUUUGAAGAAGUUCAGAUUUUUGUUCUGCGUAUGUGUGAGCUUGAUGGGGUUUUGCACUUCUAGCACUUUUACUGGUGAAAAGAGAAAAUGGUAGUUAAUUGGUAGUUGGGGUUUUGGUUUUCCCUCACGAGACUAUUGCCUUGUCAGUCGUCAAGGAAAGGUCAUAGUGUAAAAGUUGUGUCUUGCAGCUGCUGCUGUGACUGCGGAGCUUUAUCUACCUCUCAGCAAUUGCUCUCUUUCGCUAUGGGAUCGAGUCUGUUCUAAGUCCUCUUCUGGGUUGAGAGAGAGAGAGAGAGAGAGAGUUGUGUGAAAUUUUCUUGUUUCUUCCUAUUUAUAUCUCUGUUGUGUUUUUGAAAUGGAUCAGAGAGGAGCAAUCGAAGUUUUGAAGGACAAGAACGGAAUCGAUCAAGUCAUUCUUCGGAAUCCUCGAGGGGCUUUGGUUCGGGUUAGCUUGCAUGGAGGACAGGUUCUCUCGUGGCGAACUGACCGAGGAGAAGAAUUGUUAUUCACAAGUAGUAAGGCAAUCUUCAAGCCACCAAAACCCGUACGCGGAGGAAUACCGAUUUGUUUUCCACAGUUCGGAACCCGUGGAUCUUUAGAGCAACACGGGUUCGCCAGGAACAAGAUUUGGAUAAUUGAUGAGAAUCCUCCACCACUGCAUCCCAAGGACUCCAAUGGAAAUGCCCAUGUUGACUUGCUGCUCAAACCAUCUGAGGAAGACCUUAAGGUCUGGCCACAUAGUUUUGAAUUACGACUAAGGGUGUCUCUGGCCGCUGAGGGGAAUCUCAACUUAAUUUCGCGCAUUAGGAAUAUCAAUGGCAAGCCAUUUAGUUUCUCAUUUGCAUAUCGUACAUACUUCUCGGUUCCUGAUAUCAGUGAAGUAAGAGUAGAGGGGCUGGAAACUCUAGACUAUCUUGACAAUCUAUUCCAGAAAGAGCGCUUCACCGAACAAGGAGAUGCCCUAACAUUUGAAUCUGAGGUCGAUCGAGUUUAUCUUAGUUCUCCAAAAAUGAUUGCAGUUUUUGAUCACGAAAAGAAGCGAACUUUUUUCAUAAGGAAGGGCGGGCUUCCAGAUGUCGUUGUCUGGAAUCCAUGGGAAAAGAAAUCUAAAUCCAUGGUUGAUUUCGGGGACGAGGAAUACAAACAGAUGCUGUGUGUGGAUGGGGCAGCAAUUGAGAAACCAAUCAACUUGAGGCCAGGCGAGGAGUGGACGGGUCGGCUGGAGCUCUCUGUCAUCCCCUCGACUUGAUGAUGAUCAUUUGAUCACCUUGACACCUACUUGCAAGCUCCAUGUGAAAUGAAGCAAAAACUAAUAAUACCCAUUUGAUGUUUUUUGUGUUAGUUACCAAAUAAUGCUCAAUCAAUGGUAACUGUAUAUGCAGUGUUGAAAUGAAUAAGAGCGUACUCACUUCAUAGAAUAUGAAGCCAUUGUAAUGGUAAUGGGGAUGAAUGUUUUAAUCUCUCUCCAUUACUUGGUAAAAUAUGUUAAACACAGGAAGCUGGAGUUAUAAUGCGCUAGGACGUUUGCUUCCAAACAUAAAAAUGAAGAGUUGAGUGAAUAUAUAUAUAUAUAUACUUGUAAGCAUGUUUGUACAAGUUGCAAAUGGGAAUUAGUCAUUAUUCUGCU